CCUGUAGAGGAUGACCGGCAAAAUUGGUGUAUAGUUCUUUGGAAUUCUCAUUGUACUGCAGAAUGAACAUCGGAACACUAUUCAAAUGAUAGAUCUACUGCAAGUCGAUCCUUCAUUAAGGCGGAACCUCAUAGUCUGUGACCAGAGAUGGGUUCAGAUACAUCAAAAACUUGUCCAGUACUCAAAACAAGGACAUUGGAAGACCAUUCUGAUGAUUUCUCAAGAUUAUCAGAAAACGCACUACGUCAAUAUAAGCUGUCAAUCAAACAGAAGUAUGAGAGUGAGUGGAGCUCAUUGUCUGAUGAACAAGAGUCAUUGUCUGCCCUGUAUAAUGAACCAGUGAUCAUUCAGAAAAAUGAAAAUGGCAGCUUUAAGAACAUCAGUGUGGACAGAUUGUUGAUGUCAUAUGGUGCAAUGCCUGUCAUUCUCCAAGGCGACUCUGGCAGUGGCAAAUCCAUCAUAGCACAGAAGAUCAUGUUAGACUGGGCAUCUGAAACUUCUAGACAUUUGAACGUAGUUUUCUAUCUGAGGUGUGAAGAGCUGAUGUGUGUUUCUGAGGAGAUUAACCUCAUUGAGCUCUUGAGCUACAGCUGUAGUUUAACAUCAGAUCAGAUCUCACAGAUGUUACAACAUUCACCAGAGAAGGUGCUUUUCAUCAUUGAUGGAUUUGAUGAACUGAGACUUACGCAGGCCAUUUUUGACAUGUCAGCAAUUACUGAUCCACUUCAAAAAGCCCCACCUGAGGUUAUUCUAUGUUCCCUGUUGAGGAGAUAUCUCAUCCCUAAAUCCAAACUGCUGGUCACCACCAGAACUAGGAACACAUUGAACAAGCUGCUGAAAGGACAACCAUGUUUCACUGAAAUCAUGGGUUUCUCUGAGAAGAAGGUGGAGACAUAUUUCCAGAAGUUCUUCAGCAAAGAGUAUGACUGUGUGAGAGCAAAUGAAACCCUCCUCACUGCCUGCUCCAUUCCUGUUAUCUGCUGGAUCAUCAGUGAGAUGUUCAGAGUUGGUGCAGAUGUAACAAGCGGACUGGAAACCAUCACCUCCAUCCACGUUGACUUUGUGUCCACUCUACUAGAGCAUCACUGCCAGGGUUUGAGUCAGUCUGUCUCAACCUUGCUGAGGAGUCUGGGUCAGCUGGCAGAGAGAGGGAUGCUGGAACAACAAGUGCUUUUUGAUGAGAAAAAUGUAAAUGAAAUAAUUUCAGACCCUGAUGGGAAUCCAUUCCUGUGUAGGUUCCUCUCUAAGAGAAGAAUCCGUCAGGAGACAAUGUUCACUUUCAUGUAUCAUAGCUUUCAGGAGUUCUUCACCGCUCUGUACUAUGUUCUUCUGGAUGAAGAAGAGUCCCAGAGGAAAGUGAGGGAGCUGCUUCACACUGUAGAGAGAGGAUGGGCUUUGUCCUGUUGGUCUGAUAGAGACUUUUCAAUGGCAGAUGUAGAAGUAAGACAGUCAAAGCUGCUGCAGCCUGUGAUUCUGUUCCUCUGUGGUCUUUGUAAAAAAGAAUGGAUCCCAUCGUUUUUUGAAAAGCACAACAUGGCUGUCUCUGUCAACAUAGAAACCCAGCUUAAGGAAUGGAUCAGUACAUAUUCACAGAGAUAUCAAAAUGAACACAUGCUGUUCAUUCUCCAUUGUCUCUAUGAGCUUCAUGAAAAGAGCUUCAUUAGAAAAGUCUUGGAAAAAUUGGUUUUGAUAGAUCUGUCGAAUUCACCACUGAAAAUGACGGACUGUUGGGUGCUGAAGUACUGUUUACAGUGCUGUGAACACAUCAGAAACCUGAAACUCCAUGUAACAUCUGAUAAUCUGAAGAUGCUCCAGCCUGAACUGUCCCGCUGUAAAGAGCUGUGGUUGAUGAUGGAUCACAUUCCAGAUGAUGUUGUUGGUUUGGUCUCAGCUGCUGCUGAAGGAAAGAUUUUGAACAAACUCAAUAUAAAGAAGCUUGACAACCAUGGAAAACUAAGUGGAUACCUCUCAGGAAUCUCUGUGUCAGUCAGAGAUGGAGACAUCACGUUGUCUAUUGGCACAUCAGUGUCCAAUUCAUCAGUCACAGAAUUAACUGUAACCUCUCCACACUCAUUGAUUUCCACCAUCGACUGGGUGAAAUCACAGAGAGAAUGGGCAUUUAACAGUUAUGGAUAUUUAAGUUCUGGGCAACAUGAAGUUAGACUGUUGACGUUCCUGCAAUCAGCGUCUGGUUUGAAGAAAGUCUGUCUGCAUGAUUCACUUCUGACUAAAACAUUUGCCUCUGAAAUCCCGUCCUUCAUUCAGGCCUGUCCCAGUUUGAUUGAACUCAGUAUAAAUGUCAGCGGUCAGUUAAUGUUGGAGUACACCCAGUCCAUGAAGACUUCAUUGGAGAAGAUGGGUUGGACUCUGAUUGUCUGGGGGAAAUUAGUGUUGAUCAAGCCAUGCAUGGAGAGAUUUACGGAAGAGAAGCUGAAGACAAAGCGGGAAAAGAGUGAGAGUGAAAGGACACUGCCACAGCGAGAGAGUUCAGAUUCUGUGUCAUUAAAAGCUGAAUCAUCAGCACACUCAUCCUCAGAAGAUGUGGAAGUGUUCACACCAGAAUUGAGAGAUGAUGAAGACAAACUCAAGAAUACAUACAGGUUUGUGUGUGCACAUGCUGGUCAGUUUCAGUGCAGUCUGACUAACCUUGUGUUUGUGAUGGAGGGUGAAGGAGAGGUGCUGUAUAGAGUUGACUCAUGGGAUCUUCGUCUGUUAGAUGGUUUGGGUCAGAUGCAGCCUGCAGGACCCUUGUACAACAUUGACUGUUUUAAUGGUUCACUCUCAGGAUUGCACUUUCCUCAUUGUGAAAUACUCUCUGAGGAAAACAAAGACAUUUUGGCUGUAGCGCAUUUCACUGGUGGUAAUGUAGAAACAAUGAAGCCACUUAAAGUGACUGAAACUCAUGUGAUGACUGACAUCAGAGAUCUCUCCCUAUUUGGGCUCUUAAAAAGAAAGAUCUUUCCUUCAUGCCCUGUCAUUGUCCAAGUGAUUCUCUUUCUACGACCAAUAACUGCGAGACAGAGAGACAGCAUACUGGAUGUUCAUUUACUCCCGUGGAACGUUCCACUGUCAAAGGUCCAGGGCCAGCACAAAGAGAGUACACACAUUACAACCAGUUCAAAGUGCUCUCUCAUCCCGGGAUCAGAAUACAGUCUGCGCUGUGAACCAGAGGGAUCUACAGUGCAGCCAAUGACUGAGAAGUUUGAGUGUAAUUUUGGUCCAAACUAUCAUCCCACCUUUGAAGUGUUUGUAAAUUUCAACACUGAGGAGGUCAGACUGAGUCUUUCGGAUAAAACUGAAGGAAAGGAAGUAUGGGUUCCUCGACGAAUCGUUUUCACAUGAAUGAAUUACAGAUGUUGCUAGCAUUGUAACAUUUUAACACAUUGUAACGCUCGUUACAAAAUAAAAUUUAUAUCAAAGAUUGAAUAUUUAACAACCUACGCUGUUAUACACCUUUUACACUAAUUUCGAAGAUUAUUAGAUUACAGGAAAAUAUUAUUUCAGUCUUUCUACAUUGAAUUCAUUGUUGCCAUUUCUUUACAAUUAUUUGCUGGCAAUUACUGAGUGAAAUUGGUUUCCUAGCUUUAAAGUAAAUCCUACUCCAAAUUUUUUCAGUGUAAUCAACAAUUCUUUAUAAAUGUAUUAAGUUGGACACUUAGGUGAUCAAUAUAGAUUUAACCCAUGUUAAGCACUAUAUCUAGCCCAUUGUACAAAAUUCAGUAUUAUGAUCUGUGAAGUCUUUAUAUUGAUAUUUAUUGUGUAUAUCAUAUAUAUUAUAUAAAUAUUGUAUUUAUGCAGAUUAUUCAAAUGUAUAUAUGUAUAAAUAACGUCAGGUAAAGGUGCAGACCCUCUUGCUCACAAAAUGCUCACAGGUAUCAACUCAAAGAUAUACAUUAUUUCAACUGGCUGUUUUUUCUAUGGAAUGUAACUUAUUAUUAUUUCUAUAUUUUUAUUUAUUUCAACCAGAAUGUGUAUUCGUGAAAAAACAGAGAUAAACACAUUCGGAAAGUUUUAUCAGUGAUGACUAUUGCUGAUGGUCUGAGAACCAAAGACAUCGAUUCCAGGUGAAAUGUACAGUAAAGCUCCUGCUGUGGUUCUGCAGCAUGAAAAAAUGAGACUCUUGUUGGAUGUUCUUGAUUCUGGAGGAGCUGCUGUAAAAGCAGAAUUCUGCAGACUGCUGAAGGAGUGUUAUCUAGU